AUGGAUGUCGCGAGCUUGAAAGGGCCCGGCGUUGCCAAGAGCGCCCAUGUCAACAUGAUGACCGACACCAUCAUCACCAACAUGUCGCCUGCCGGACUGCGCAUUAUCAUGAGGUCCCUGCUGGCAGCCCAUCCCAGUGCGGUGUCAACCUUUGAGGCGGAAACGAGGAGAUAUAUCACGGCCACAAUGAUGCCAGACACCGACACCACGACGAUCCCAGCGCCAGACAGCAGCAGCGGGCUGGAGACGCUCAAGACGCGGCUGCAGACCAUCCGGUGCAUGAUUGGGUGCGGACUCUGUUUCCAGAGCCUGCCUUUGCUGGGCGAUCUCGCGACUCAGGCUGUCCAGAUGUGUGUACCGACCUCACAGGGCGAUGAAAACGCCACACCAAACGCACUGCGCGACGACUUUCUGGCGGCUGUGGAUGGCGACGUUGUCCAGGCCGUGACCGCCAUAGAGAAGUCACUCGUGUCAGAUCGGGGGCGGCGUACCCUGUCCAGCGAUGAGCGGCAAGCGGUUACAGGCGUGUAUCAGACCCUGCGUGACUGCCACGCCAUGACGGCCGAGAGAAGGCUCGAGUUUCCAUACACGAGGGCGUUUCUCGCCACGGCUGGCAUGCUAGGCGAGAAAGCCACUCUUGGUGACAAGGAGACCGCCGCGCCAGCCGAGGCUAACCCAGGGGACGCCACUGACAGCAACGGCGAUGGCCAUGGCAAUGGCUACGAGAAGUUUGCCCUCAACGGCCGACAACUACCCCGUAUCUUCGCGGGGCUCUGGCAGCUCUCCAGCUCCGCAUGGGGCUCGGCGCCCACGUCCAAGAUCAUCUCACAUCUCUCUUCCCACGUUACGAGCGGCCUUACUGCCUUUGACAUGGCCGACCACUAUGGUGACGCUGAGAUCCUGGUUGGCAUGUUUUUGUCCUCGAAUCCUCGACGGGACAGAGUAUUCGCAGCGACAAAGCUCUGCGUCUUUCACCCCAUGACCGUGACGAGGGAGGCCAUCAAGGCCAACAUCACGGAGAGGUGUCGGAGACUUCAGUCGGAGCGUCUCGAUCUGUUGCAAUUCCACUGGCAAGAUUACGACGACCCGCAGUACCUAGACGCCCUUAGGUUCAUCGCAGAGGACGAGAGGGUGCUAACCCUGGGCCUGUGCAACUUUGAUACGGAGCACCUCGAGAAGGUCGUUGCUGCUGGUAUCAAGAUUCACACGAAUCAGGUUCAGUUCUCGCUUGUCGACUCCCGUCCCACCGCCUCGAUGGGUCCCGUCUGUGAGAAGCACGGCGUCAAGCUCCUGACGUACGGGACACUGUGUGGUGGUUUCCUAUCCGACAAGUGGGUUGGAAAGCCAGAGCCGGGCCUCUACGAGGAGUCCAUCACUCCUAGUCAACGCAAGUACCACGGCGUCAUACGUGCAUGGGGUGGUUGGUCCCUGUUCCAGCAGCUCCUGCAAGUUCUCGCCGCCAUCGCCACCAAGCACGGUGUCAGUAUCUCCAACGUGGCGACCCGGUGGGUGCUCGACUUCCCCUACGUCGGGGCCGUCCUUGUCGGCACACGCGUAGGUAUUAGUGAGCACAUUGAGGAGAACGCGGCUAGCUUUGGCUGGUCCCUAGACAGGGAGGACAAGGCGCAGAUUGAUGGGAUCCUGGCAGUGAGUCAGAGGCAACAGAUGUUGGAAUCCAUGGGCGACUGUGGUGGGGAAUAUCGAUGA